ACACUAACAUAACACAGCAUAAGGAACUAUUAUUCAAAAAUAACACUAGUGUCAAGGAAAUAUAGCUUCUUCACGUGUUGACAUAGAAGUCUGUGCAUCAUGAAUACAUCCUGUGUGGAGCUGAGAGGACAUCAGCAAUCUGCCCUCAUCACAUCUCCUCCUCGUCUGUGGCUACAUCCAACUCCUUACACCCGCUUUGAAAGGAACCGAUGGCUCCACCACCCUGGACCUAUGUGUGUAUUCUGGGUUUGAUUUCUCUUGUCAUCAAUGUACAGCCAUCUGUACAGACAUGUACAGAGCUGGAGUUACAAAAUACGAAAGAUGGUAAGAAGCAGAUGAAAGCCAAGGAGAGUUCUUUAUUUAUAUUAUCGGUCUCUUUCAAUACACGUAACUGUCAUGGCAACUGGAACUGGUCCCUGGUUAAGCUGUCAUCCAUCGAGAAGGACAUUCACGUAGACCUGUGUAAGUUUAUUUUACGUGAAAGGACGUGCAACGUGACGACGUCGUCAUCCUCGUGUACGUGCUCUGGCGACAGCUUUCUUCAGUUCUCAAUGCGGGCUACACAAGGAGACAAUAAGAUCUUCAUCUGGAAAUGGAAUGAUCCCCCUUCAAAAAUAGAAGAAAAAGAAAUAGAAAAAGAAAUAGUAUUAACUCUUUUUGUUGAAGCCUCCAGAAACAACCCAGUGGUCACAAAAGUCUUCAUUAGCUGCUUCAUCGUCGGCGUUAUCCUCUCCGUUCUUUUUGUACUGAUCGUCAAACUAUGCUAUAGAGCGAAACCCAAAGGAACGUAUGAUAACGCAGUCGCUGGCUCCACGUCACAGCCGCAGUUGCCGUUGAAUAAUGAGGGUCACGACCCUGGUAGGAACCUACACCAACAAGUGUCGUACAACCAUCUCAGUCAAUGAGUGCCUCACAUCCUGUAAGGCAGAAAAUACAAUAAUCAAAUGAAUACAUUAUGACGAAUGUUUAACCAUUCAAACGAAGUCAAACAGUGAUGACAUUCCCUCCUCUAUACAUAAUUGACAAUAAUAAUGAUCAAUGCAAUUGUCCGAAAUUUUGUUAAAGGGAGCUUACCGCAGGGAAUCGUUUCAAUCUGAUACGAGACAGUAAUAGUAAGGGUUUUAUGUACAUGAUUUCAAAAAUUAAAUUCGCUUGUCUGAACCAAGUGGUCACCUUCUAAGUUAUGAAAUUCUCAUUUACAUCAGAAAUGUUUUAAAGAAAAUAGAAAGCAACUUCAUAAGAUAUCUUGCUCGUGAAGGUGAUAUACUUAAUCUGUACAUCACAUGACAUUUAUUUCACAAAAGAUUCUCUAAAAAGUGAAAUAGAGAUGAAUUGUAUAGCAUCUUGAUAAGAUAGUAUUGUGGUGUUUUAUCUUUUAUUUGAUAGCCAGCAGAAAUCCUUGGUCCUAGUGUUUCUAGGCUGAUGAACUAUUUUGUGUACAUUAAUAA